AUGGCUUCUCAUCUAAAAGGUGUUGCAAAAUCAACUAUGUCAGAUCAAAUACGUAAGGAGUUGUGCGAGUACAAGAGAGAUGAUCCUGCAAGCACACAAAAAGUUAGAGAUGAGCUCCAAACAGACUUGAACUUUAAAGGAAAACAAACAACUAUUGAAUCAUAUUUCAACAAAGUAUACAAUCACAACAUUAGUUAUAUGCAUAUAGCUAAUGUUGUGGUUAUAUCUGAAACACAACAAAACAAUGAGACUAUGAUUGUUUCUGAAACAAAUAAAAACAACGAGGAGGAGGUUGUAUUUGAAGUGCAACAAAAUGAUAAAGUAGAAGUUUUAUCUGAAGCGCAACACGUCAAUGAGGGAAUUGUUGCAUUUGAAACACAACUCAGAGAUGAGAUGGUUGCAUCUAAAACACGACACAACUAUAGAGUGGUUUCAUCUUAA